CGUGGGCCCCGCUCCCGCCGCCGCGGCAGCCGUCGUCUUUCUCUGUCUCGACUGAGGCAGCCAUCUUGCUCUUGCCGCGUGCUGGUGUCGGAGGACCUUUCCUGCUUCAGAUUUACCAACAGCAUGAAUCAAGAAAAGUUAGCCAAACUUCAGGCUCAGGUCCGGAUAGGGGGCAAGGGUACAGCUCGCAGAAAGAAGAAGGUGGUACAUAGAACAGCUACAGCUGAUGACAAAAAACUUCAGAGUUCUCUGAAAAAACUGGCUGUGAAUAAUAUAGCUGGUAUUGAAGAGGUGAACAUGAUUAAAGAUGAUGGGACAGUUAUUCAUUUCAACAAUCCCAAAGUCCAAGCUUCCCUUUCUGCUAACACCUUUGCAAUUACUGGUCAUGCAGAAGCCAAACCAAUCACAGAGAUGCUACCUGGAAUAUUAAGUCAGCUUGGUGCUGACAGCUUAACAAGUCUUAGGAAAUUAGCUGAACAGUUCCCUCGGCAAGUGUUGGAUAGCAAAGCACCAAAACCAGAAGACAUUGAUGAGGAGGAUGAUGAUGUUCCUGAUCUCGUAGAAAAUUUUGAUGAGGCAUCAAAGAAUGAAGCUAACUAAAAUCUUUUCUGGUUUUUGGAAGCUGGCAUGGACUAGAUUUAACAAAUCAGCUAUGUGGUUCCAAAGUUUUACAGACACGGAGAACAUCAACUGUUACUAGUUCAGUAAUAUGAAUAUUUUGUAUAUUAAUAAUGCUGUUUGUUCAGCAUUUUUUGGUCAUUUGAUUUUGCAUUUUGCACUUCCUCCCAGGAUCUGUUCUUUUGGUCAAAAUACGAAGUAUUGGUGCAGUUUGAGGGUGUUUUGGUUUUUGAUUCUUGUUUUUUUGUUUUUUUUUUUUUUUGUUGGGGUAUUUUUGGUGUGUGUAUGUGUAUGUUUGUGUGUGGGUAUGUGUGUAUACAGUGGAGAGCAAAUUGGAAAACAUUCUAUUUAUCCUCCUCCUUCCCCCGGUAGAAAUAAAACAAAUCUUUACGUUUGUUACUUUUUAUUUUUUUCUAAUAAUGCACAGAAUUAAUGAAAAGUGAGUAUCUUGGAUUUCAACUCUAAAGAGACUUUACCGUUGGAGGUUUGGUUUUAAUUUGCUUGGCUAACAUUUUUCAUACAUUUCUCUGAGUUUGAAAUGUCUUGAGAUAUUUUGCUACGAGCUUCAUGCUGGUGUAAUGGUUAGCAUAUCUUGGGUGUAGUUGCCUUAGAUUCGCUUAGCUAGUCAGACCCAGAAGAAUUUCUUCUACUAGCUUUCUUCCUAAAUGCCUUUUUCUUCUCCUCUCCUUUUGGUCUCCAAAUGGCCUGGUCAGCCUCUGGUAAUGCUCUUUCUCAUCUUGCACCUAGCCUGAGAAGGAUUUCUCCGUAAAGAGUUAAGUGAGUGCCUAAUCCCUCUUUUUGUGAGACUUUGUUCCCUCAUCUUGAGGAACAGCAGCUCCAUCUCCAAAUUUUUAUUUCCCCCUUGAUUUUACAGUAGAUUUCAAACUGGAAUAGCUAGCAUGUGCUUGCUAAAUAAUUUUAUGCCAGCCUUAUCUUGUAUCCUAGCUGUUCUUAAAAGCAGGUGCAAAAAUGCCUCUUUCUCAGCAAGGUUGAAAUUGGGAAUGUCCUUUUGAAUGAGAAAAAAAUAGGCCAUAGACUCAUCCCCUAGCACAAAUGGGGAUUCUGUGAAAUGGUAGUGGCCCCAG